AUGGCCGACGCGAACUUGCAUCGCGUGGUACAGACUACAGCUUUUGAGCUCAGUGCCACGCCCGGCUACAAGUGGUAUGGCGCGACAACCGCCUUCGACGUCAAGUGUGCCGCGGAUGCCGAAGACCAGUGCAACAUCUUCACCUCGCCCUUUCUCGACUGGGUCCCUCAAUUCCCCGAGUACACGCGCUGGCCGCAGUUGUAUAACGAGCGGUGUCUCCAUCAUGCCUGUAUCCCUACUUCCGACGCCGAGUUCGCGCCCGGAGCACAGGUAUACGAAGGCUUCGGGUACAGUCCCUGGGAAGAGUCUAUUUCGUGCGGUGUUCCUGGCUUCGGGUUUCUGAAGCCCGAGGUCCUCAAUGAGUUGUACUCCAUCGCGACCGACGUUCUCCAGAGGUACGAUGCCGCUGAGCGAAAUACCAUGAAGCGAGACGCCCUCCUGUUCAACCGGGAGUCCGGUAUACACCACAGACUCGGCAAGAUGUUAUCUAUCCUGCUGAGGAACGCUGUCGACCGCCUUCGAAUGCUCCCGACCACCGAACAGCACGCCUUGGUAACGGGUCGCAUGGCCCACCGCCUUAUCCUGGAGUUGAGCGGGCUGACCGUCUUCUACAACGAAGUUGUUAUUCGUAUGGCUAGUCCGAUUUCUCAUCAUCCUUGGGUUCUUCCAGUGCUCGGGGCGUUCGUGCGCACUGAUGCUGCCGCCCAACUAUUCUAUCGCCUCGGCCUACCCUUCUGGCACAUCCGGCCGUGGUCGCGUGUUAUGAAGAUUGCACAGGUCGUCAGCCCGCGUCAUUGGUCCAACAUACUUAACGAUACACCCGCUUGGCCGCGGGUCCCAAAAUCAUGGUACGACCCCGACGGCACUCACCAGGAUCCCGGACGCUGGACGCACCCCUCUGUGGUGUUUGUAUGUAACAUGACGUGCUCUUCUGCGCUUCCUCAUCUCCAGGCGGUGAGCCGAGCAGAGGGCGCGGAGGCCGAGGCCAAGCGAUUCAAGGGGAACGAUGCCGCUGGGGAAGCGAGGUCGGAGCAAACGCGGGGGGCAAAAUCGCAGAAGGAACACGCCGCGACGACCUUCAAGCGCCCCCCGGAAGGUGUCGUCACGAUGAGUCCGAAUUGGCGAGCCGCUCUGUCGAGUGCACCACCUCUGGCCUUUCCACCGCCGGUCGCCUUAGAGUAUUAUUACCCUCCUCCGUUCCUCAUCCUCGAGGCCCAGAACCACAAAACGCGCUACCUGCACAACUUCGUCCGCAUUCGCAAGUUCUGCAGACUCCGACUGGUCGACUCUCGUAUCAACGGAGCCCCUUUGCGCAUCGCCGACUGGCGACAUGCGUUGUUUGGGGACUAUCGCGUGGACGAUGACGACCGGGUGAGCGCAAUCCAUGGCGAGCCAGCGGACACAGGCGAAGUGGGAGAAGUGGAGGAAGGGAACAUCGUGGAGGAAAACCAAGCAGGUGGUGUAGUGCCCCAGAAGAGACAGGAGACCAUCCGAUUGGAACGACGACAGGGGGUCCGCGGCCUGUUCGCCCAAGGGGGGUCCCUGCUGUCAUAUCGCGAGAGCGAGGCGACCAGCUAUCGUGGCCUGGAGGUGUCCGUCGAUGUAGCCCGUAGCGACCCUUCCUUGCUCAACCUCGUCGUAUGGGAGCUAUUCGAAACCAACUGGCGAUGUGAGCUUCGCGCGCUCGAUACUCGCCUCGUCGACCUCACUGGCGACUCAUUCCGCCAUUGGGAGCGAGAACAGCAGUUGGCCAACGUCUGGCGGGGUUCUGCCCUUCAGUCUGCGUUGUCCGUUGUUGAUGUUGGCUCACCAUUUUUCUGCUGGACUCCGGCUGGUCAAGAAGGUUGGAAGGCACGUCGUGCGAACCUGCAGGCCUUCCUGUACGUCCUGAGUGCAUGGCCGGAUUUUCCAGAGUCGCUGCGCGUGAACACGACAACGACAGCAGAGUGCGACGACGAGGAGACCUUCAACAACGUCGAGGAGCGUGCCAUUCAAUUCUACGUCCACACUUUCACGAAGCAAUAUCAUCGUCUCCCCUCCCCGCCUGUGCAAUAUGUCUCUCCGUCAGUCUCUGUGUAG